GCUGCCGUAAGUGAGGGUGGGGGCGGGGAGCUGGGCUGCGCCGUGCUACUGCCGGAGGAUGAAGAUGACGGGCUGCCGCCGCGGGCUCAGGUUAUGUCUGUUGCUGCUGGCCCUGGUGGGGCCCGGAGGCGCCUUACAGAACGUCACAGCCCAGCUCUUCGGGGCGGAGGCCUACGGGACAUUAGUGGCCUUUGGCGACUUCAAUUCGGACAAGCAGACGGACCUGUUCGUGCUGCGAGGCGGAAAUGAGUUGAUUAUCUUUUUGGCUGACCAAAAGGAGCCCUACUUUAAGCCCCGUAUUAAGUUACCAAUGAAAUCUCUUGGUGUUACCAUAACCAGUGUGGUUCCUGGAGAUUAUGAUGGUGAUUCACAAAUGGAUGUUCUCCUGACUACCUGGGCACAAAAUCAUGGCAGAGAUGAACUUUCAUUAUUUAUUUUCUGGGGGCACAACCAAACAUUAGAUCUUAAUCAUAAAACUAAGUUAAAUAAGACUUUUCAUGAUGAGCCUUUAGUAAUGGACUUUAAUGGAGACUUGAUUCCUGAUGUCUUUGGUGUCACAAAUGAUUCAAGUAAGCCACAGAUAUUGCUAGGCGGGAACUUCUCAUGGCAUGCUGCUUUGGAAACUAAAAGUAAAAUGCAUAUACCGCACUCUCAUGCAUUUAUAGAUUUAAAUAAUGACUUCACUGCUGAUUUGUUCCUUACUACGUCACCAAAUUCACAAAGCGUUCAGUUUGAGACAUGGAUAAAUACGGAUGGGAACUUCUCUACAACUGGAGAAAGUAAGGAAAUGCCUAGUGGUGUGAAAGUUGUUGGACAGUCCGUGUUUGCGGAUUUUGAUGGGGAUGGACAAAGUGAACAUUUAUUACCAGUCUGUGAAGAUAAAACAUGUCAAAAAAGUGCCAUCUACUUAACGAAGCUAGGAUUGGAUCAGUGGAUUCCAGUCUUGCAAGACUUCAGAAAUAAAGACACACUCUGGGGCUUUGUACCAUAUCAAAAUGACAGAUCUUCAACAGAAAUUUCAUUUCCAAUUACACUUCAUAUUGGAGAUUACAAUAUGGAUGGCUACCCAGAUGCACUUGCUAUACUAACGAACACAUCUGGAAGUAAUCAACAAGCAUUUUUACUAGAAAAUGUCCCAUGCAAUAAUGUAAGCUGCAAGACUGCACGUCGUAUGUUUAAAGUUUUUUGGGAGCUCUCGGAUCUAAAUCAAAUCAAGGAUGCAGUGGUAGCAACCUUCUUCGACAUAUACGAAGACGGAAUCUUGGAUAUUAUUGUGCUAAGCAAAAGCUACUCCAACGGGGACUUUGCUAUCCAUACAUUAAAAAAUAACUUUGAAGCAGAUGCUUAUUUUGUUAAAGUUAUUGUUCUCAGUGGCCUCUGCUCUAAUGACUGUCCUCGGAAAAUAACACCUUUCGGUGUUAAUCAGCCUGGUCCUUACAUCACAUACACUACUGUAGAUGCAAAUGGAUACCUGAAAAAUGGGUCAGCUGGACAGCUUAGCCAGUCAGCACAUUUUGCUCUCCAGUUGCCAUACAAUGUGCUAGGUUUGGGACGUAGUGCUAAUUUCCUCGACCAUUUGUAUGUUGGCAUUCCUCGUCCUUCAGGAGAAAAGUUGAUAAGAAAACAAGAAUGGACAGCUAUCAUACCAAACUCCCAGCUUAUAGUCAUCCCCUAUCCUCAUAAUGUUCCUCGAAGCUGGAGUGCCAAGCUGUAUCUGACCCCAAGUAACAUUGUGCUGCUAACAGCUAUAGCCUUAAUUGGUGUCUGCGUUUUCAUCCUGGCAAUAAUUGGCAUAUUACACUGGCAAGAAAAGAAAGCAGAUGACAGAGAGAAGCGACAGGAGGCUCAUCGGUUCCAUUUUGAUGCUAUGUGACAUGCCUUAAUAUUUAUGAAGGAGCUGCUACUCAUGUGCUUAAUUCAAAUACUAAAUUUUGAUUUGUAAAAUGAUUACCCUGAAAAUACUGCUGGUGUGCUAUUUGUAAAUGUUGCGUUAUUUGCUAUUUAUUUGGAAAGUAUUAAAGUUAGAACUGAAUGUCUCACAAGGCCUUUUGGUUAACAGUCUGUAUAUAACAGCAUUUGGUCUUUAUUUAACAGAACUGUAAAUUUAUUUUUCUUAGUAAAGGGAUGAAAUUGCAGGUACCAUUGUUUACGUACCACCAAUUCUUUAGUAACAUUUGACAGAAAGAAAGCUGUGUAAAUAAAGUUUAGCAUUUCAGUGA